CUUUUCAGGAAGUGGCGGGCAGAGCCCAGCCCUGCCCAGCCCCGGCCGCUGAGUGCCCGGGGCCGGUGCGGAGGGUGAGACAAGCGGGGCCGUGCUCGGCCGGGCACGGGGCACGGCGGCAGCUGCUGCCGGGGCCCGGAUAGUGAGCGUGGGGAGACGGGGCCUUGUGUGUCCUUGUGAGGGGCUGUGUGUAUCCGUGUGCAGGGGUUUGUUUGUGUGUCCAUGUGAGGGGCUGUGUGUGUCCGUGCACGGGGCUGUGUGUGUCCAUGUGCGGGGAUGUGUGUGUCCGUGCACGGGGCUGUGUGUGUCCAUGUGCGGGGAUGUGUGUGUCCAUGUGCGGGGGUUUGUUUGUAUGUCCAUGUGCGGGGCUGUGUCUGUCCAUGUGCAGGGGUUUGUUUGUGUGUCCAUGUGAGGGGCUGUGUGUGUCCAUGUGAGGGGCUGUGUGUGUCCAUGUGCGGGGGUUUGUUUGUGUGUCCAUGUGCGGGGCUGUGUCUGUCCAUGUGCAGGGGUUUGUUUGUGUGUCCAUGUGAAGGUGUGUCUGUCCAUGUGCGGGGCUGUGCCUGUCCAUGUGAGGGGCUGUGUGUGUCCAUGUGAGGGGUGUGCGUCCAUGUGAGGGGUUUGUUUGUGUGUCUAUAUGAAGGGCUAUGUGUGUCCAUGUGCAGCUGUAUGUUUUGGAGUGUCUGUGGCACCACGUCCAUCCAUGUCUGUUGACCCCAAGGCUGCCUCUGUGGCUUCCAGAGCUGCCCUCUGAUUCCUUCACCACUGGCAGUUUUACAAAGCUAUAGCAGAUGGACGUUUUUCUUACACGUCUGUAAAGGGGCUGUGUACAUGUUGUGCACAGUGUCUUUGCAAGAAAUGCUCACCUUUAUACUAAAGCAGUAGUUUCACUUUUAUCCCAUUGGCACUCAGUUUCACAAACCAGAUUCAACGAGGACCCAGCACAGUUUGCAAGCUGCCUCUGGGCUCUGCUUCCUCUUCUUCUUGUCCUUACAAUUCUGUUCUUUCAGGCUGAGGCAUUCCUGCUCUUUCAGGGGAUGACACCUCCCCCAGACUGUCCCUUGGGAACAUCAGUGCUGCCAUGUCCCACAGGCUAACUUUAAAAGCACUGCUCUUUAGGUUGUUGCUGGGGCAUUAGCUUGUUUCUGCCAGCCUUGCACAGCAGCCAAGUUUGUUCUAAUUCUGCAUCACUCAAACUUCUAUUUACCAAUUCGAUUUAUGGCUGGGUUUACAAAGAGCUCCUGAUAUUUACAUCAUGAGCUAUAAUAGCCAAGCUCAGGAGGUGUUGCUCCUGCACCACCGACGUGCCUUUCCUAACUCUGUCCGUCCCUGACACGUUUUCUCUGCUGCUCUUUGUCCACUUGCUUUUAUCCCAUUGACACUUGGUUUCACAACCAGGUUUGAUGAGGGCUUGUUACAGUCUGUGAGCCGCCUCUGGGCUCUGCUUCUGGCUCAACUCUCCCUGCCCCAGUUUUCUUCUCUGCUUGUAAAACUUCCCACUAAGGCACCUUAAAAUCUGAAUUAGGCAUAGGCAUUUACAUUUAUAUCUUUUAACUUAAUAUUGGUCUUUAUUCUGAUGAUGCUUAAUUGCUCCAAUCCCUGCUGAGAUAUUGGCUGGAAAAAUUCAGAGGUUUUCCCUAGAAGGAGAGGCCUCUGUGACAUGUGUCACACUGGAUUUCUGUGCUCUCUGCCUCCAGAGCUUUCAGUAACAUACAGAGCCAUCUUUCCUCCUCUCCUGGCCCCAGCUGCCUUGUGGUGCUGCCAGUGCCUGCCUGCCUGGCAAGUCAGAGCAUGUCUGGACCCUGUGGAUGAGAUGCAGAAGAUGGCAGAGCUGCUGGGGCUCGGGGAUGAGUGUGGGGAGGGGACUUCGGGGGCUCCUGCCCUUGCUGGCUCCUGCCUUGCGGACAACAGACUGAACCUGGAUGUUUAUCCUGACGGCUGCUGCCGUUUCCUCCAGCUGUUCAAGGAGCAACAGGGAGAGGUGGUCCAGGUCGAGUUCCUCCGGCUCAGCAGCAACGAUUGCCUCCUUGACACCACACUGGGCAGCCUUCCUCAUCUGAAGCACCUGAAAUCCCUGGUGCUUAAAGGUGGCCAUGCCAGGGAUGAGUUUGGUUCCUAUCAGCAUGGCUCCCUGACAAGCUUGCCACCAGACUUUGGGAACCUCAGGUGUCUCACCCAUUUAGAUCUCAGCUUCAAUAGACUCUCCAUCUUGCCAAGCUGCAUUCUCCACCUCCCCAGCCUCCGUGUGCUCCUGGUGAGCCACAACAGCCUGGUGACACUUCCUGAGGACUUUGGCCGUCUGAGCAAACUGACUUUCUUCUCUGCAAUGAAAAAUCAGCUGAAAGACUUACCUCGGAGCAUUGGGGAGCUGUCAAUGCUGCAGGAUCUGGAUCUCUCAGAAAAUGCUUUGGAAUUGCUCCCUGAAGAAGUUGGGAAUCUGCACAACUGCACAGAGCUGGAUCUCUCUGGGAAUUGCUUAUUGAGCAUCCCAGACUCCCUAGCCAAUUUGAAGUCUCUGCGUCGGCUGCAUCUCCACAGCAAUCUCCUGGUGACAGUCCCUGCCUCGCUUGCCAGCCUGCCCAACUUGUCCAGACUUGAUCUGCAGAACAACUGCCUCCGUGCCAUCCCUGCCGAGAUCCAGAGCCUGCCAUUCGUGCACGUCCGAGGCAAUCCCUUGGGGGAGACUGAACCAUCCCCGCAGGCCGAUAAAACCAGUAUCAGAAGGCUAAAAAGACUCUUCCUUGAAUCAGGAGAGGGCAGCUUUACUAUCACCUCUGAAGGCUGCAAAGUGGUCCUGGCCUGUGGCAUCCAUUUCUACUUUCCACCGGGGGCUGCCUCUGAUCCUCUGCGGAUCUCCUUCCGAUCCCUCACGCCGGAUCCUCAGUGGGUAAAGCUGAGACACCAUGAUGUCCUGCUGAGUAGAGUCCUGGAGCUGCAGCCUCAUGGGGUCCAAUUCCAGCAGGAGGUGCAGAUCUGGAUGCCAUAUAUCUCACCUCAAACCCCUCACCAGCAUGAGGUGGUAGUUCGGACCUUCAGUGGGCAGAGCUGGAGUGAUCUGGAAACCAGAGUGAAGCGGAAGAGAAAAUCAAAGAAGUGUGUGGCCCACUGUUGUGUCCUUCACUUCUCUUGGUUCCUUGUUGUGUCUCGACUUGUCCAAAAUGAAUGCCAAGUGCCAGCAGAGGGGACAUUGCUCUUUUCCAGUGUGGAUCCAAACAUCAAAGUGAUCUUUCCUCCUGGAGUCACCAAAGAGCCUCGUAGUGUCAAGCUGCAGGUGCUGCCAGUCUCUGCAGAAGAGAUCCAGGAAAUCACAGCCCAUGCAGGGUGCACAGCCAGUCCCCUGCUCUGCCUCUCCCAGGACUCCACGGUGGAUUUUCUCAAGCCAGUGAGAAUUCAGCUGCCUCUUCCACCUGGGGUCACAGGGCUAAAUUUGGAUCGGUCAAGGCUGCAUAUUCUCCAUGGUGACCUGGAGGGCCAAACCUGGAAUGACAUUACCAGUGAGGUGGUGUUGGAAUUCACCCAUCUUUAUGCAAUGUUUGAAGUCACUCACUUCUCCUGGUACUGGCUGUGGUACACCACCAAGACCUACAUUGGAGGCAUUGCCAAGAAGGUCUAUGAGCGGCUGCGUCUCUACCAGGUGAACUUCAUUGCUCUGCAGAGGAGGAGGGAUCCCGAGCAAGUCCUGCUGCAGUGUGUCCCCAAGCACAAGGUUGACCCAGUGCUGAAGAAGCUGCAGGACCGCUACCGAGGACCUGAGCCAUCCGACAUGGUGGAGAUGUUUGAGGGAGAGCAAUUUUUUGCAGCUUUUGAGCGAGGCAUCAGCAUUGAUAUGGAUCGCCCCGACUGCGUGGAUGGACGUCUCUCAUUUAUUUUUUACUCCCACUUGAAGAACAUGAAGGAAAUCUAUGUGACCUCCCCUGUGGACAGAAAAGGCCAAGCUGUAAAAGGCCAGGUCUCUUUCUACCGAGGGGCAGUUCCAGACAGCAUCCCUGAAGAUGCCAGCAGGAGGAGAAAAGGUCCAGACUCCCUCUGGCUUGCUACUCUGCCCAUCAAACUGCCUCAACUGAAACCCUGCUGGGAUGAGAACCCCGGUCCCUUGUAUGGCUUCUCCUUCCCUCCCCUGAACCUGGGCAAUGCUGAGACUGGGUACCUGACACAGGCAAACCUGCUGAGCAUUGCCAGGCGCGUGGGAGCUGACUGGCAGAGCAUCGGCCUCAGCCUGGGCCUGACCUACCAGCAGAUUGAGCGCAUAGGAUACAAUAACAGAGACGACCUCAAUAAGCAGAUCCUGGACAUGCUUUUCUCGUGGGCUCAGCAGAACGCAGAGGAUCCUGAGUGUGUGAGCAAGCUGAUUACAGCCAUGAAAGAGAGCGGCCGCCAGGACAUUGCUGAUGAGAUUGAAGCCGUUAUUGAGCUGGGGCGGCAGAAGUACAGCGAGUCCAUCCGCCGCGUGGGCCUGGAGCACGAGAGCAGCACUGAGGACUCUGCAAUAGCUAUGGUGUAGCACCUAGCAGAGAAAAGGGGCUUUGGAUGGGACCCCUCUGGGUACCCAGAGUGAUGGUGCCUGGGGGCUGCUCCCUCCUCAAGAGCCAGUGUCCUCCUGAGGAGCUGGGCAUUGAUUCUCUUGGCUCUGUACUCACAUGCUACUUCUGCCAGUCCCAGGAGUUUAGAGUGCAUUUAUGAAUCCUUUUUCUACUUCCUCUUCAUGACCUUGAGCUUUAGCUUUCAGAAAUGUGGAGAAAUUUAGAGACUGAAGUGUCUGUCAGCUGAGUAGUGGCUUAAGUAGUGUUUGAUUAAUUAAUACUCAUAUUAUAUGUAUUUAUUUCUAACUUAUUCCUAAAACUGGAAAAACUGCUGGAAACACUGGAUGUGAGCAAUUGGGUCCAUUUGUGCUCCAGUGCUUGAUAGGAGAGUGAAGGUGCAGUCAUGUUAUGAAGGCCUGUGAUAUCGUGGGGACUGUUCAGCCAUUUCUGUUAAUGAAGUGUUCUGCUCACAUGAAAAUGUGAACUGUAUUCCCCAUGAAAAUGUUUCCUGUUUUUUUCCAAGUCUCUUAAGUUCCCUUAAGUCCAAACAAAACCCAAGAACUUGUGGAGAAGAAAGAAGAAACUGAUUUCUAGAAAAAUUGUUCUUUUUGUUUUGCUCCAAAAUCUAUCAUGAAAUGAAUAGCCUGCUGCACCUGCAAGCACCAUUUUUAGAUGAUGCCUACAUACUGCUGAUCUGUGGCAAAGUUCGAGUUUCAUUUUAUAAAAAAAAAGUAAAACCCAUGACAUGUUCUGGGAGAGACUCUGAUUUAAGUGCAAUUAAAAUUUCCCUUGCAGUUUCUAAGGGGUAGUCCUCACAUCCUCCCAGUGAAAUGUGACUGUGUAGUAGUGAAGGUGUGACCCCUCUUGAAGUUUGGUGAAAAGCAUAACCUAAAUUUGCAUUUUAAAAACUGGUCUGACCAGCUGUGAAAUAAGGCACUGUUGUGGGUUUGGCAUGAACCGUGCUGAACUAAUUUCCCAGUUUUUUAGCCUGAAUAUCCUGUAUAAUGCUGGAAGCAUUUACUGCUUUUUAGCUGCUCAAUGACAUAUUGCAGAGGUGCUCUUCUCUUCCUGUUCCCCAUCUCAUAACGGCCCUCAGUUAAUGACCCACUAAUGACUGUGGAAAAUUACAUUCAAGCUUUCUGAAAGGCUACUGUAGUUUAAGUAAAUUCAAGUCUUUCAAGACAGGUUUGAAUUCGGCAUAACUCUCUAAACUUUACUUAAAGGGCUGUUCUUAGUCUGAAAAAACAAAAGCGUGUUUUAAAAUGCCAGGUUGCACCACCCAAAGUAAACGUGUAGUUGCAGGUUGGAUAAAUCCUGGCGUUUUCUUCCCCUCCUGAAGAAUCAUUGGUGGCUUCCCUGACACUGCUUCAGACCUACCCUCAGUAUUAUUGAAAGAGAGGCGUGAAAUCAUUGUGCUUUUUCUCUCAUUUAAGGCUGUUCUAACUUCUCAGGCUACAGAGUACUUAAUGUCCAGUCUGGAGCAUUGGACAAGGACUUGUAGAUGUGAGCUGUCACCUUGGCACUUCCACAGAUCUGCUUGCUUAGGUUGUGCUGCCCCAAGUCUCAUGUUGUGUUCAAGUCAGCAGAAUGCUCCUUUGAAUGUACAUUUUCUCUUAUAUUCUGUGUCAUAUGUUAUUGUUUGUAAUUUUCAUGGAUACCAACAAGGUAUUUGUUCUUUCCUCCAGUUUUGGAGAGAUGCAUUUGAGCAUAUUGCUCUCACUGGGAAUAAAAUCAGCACUUAACUGUUC